AUGUCUCGUCUAUUCCGGAGCAAGACAUCGAGCAUCAUAGUAGAUCGCCCCAUUGCAUUCACUGGCAUGAAGGUCGAUGCCUCCACUCAAACAGACACAGCAGUACGUACUGAUGUACAUGUUAUGACUGAGGAAGCUGCAUGCGAUAGACAUACUCAAACAGUUGACCAGUCAACCAAAGACCAAC